CCCUAAACUGUAUUCUCCCUUACCCUUUCGAAGGAUUAAAAUCUUUAAUAAAAUCAAACCUCCUAACCAUUAAGAUAUGUAUUGUCACGCCCCAGAACCCAAAUCUGAGACGCGACAGACGCCGUGCACUCGUGAGAGGGUCCCACAAAUGCAUAAGGCUCGAAACUUAUUCAAAUCACAUAUGACAAUCCAAUAACUCAAAUCUCCAGAUCAAAUCUCUUAUAAACUAACAAUCCACUAAAUGAAGCUAUAAACCUCCAAUUACAAUCCAGCUUACAAGAUCAUAAUCUGUAUCUAAAAUCUGUAUCUAAAAUCUAUAUCAAAUUCCAGGUGACUAGCCUUCUAACUCGUUACUCCCCUCGGUUUCCCCCGUCCUCAGUAUCGCUUCUUGAAAUGGUGGACAAGGAAAACUAUGAGAUAACUCAGUAAGUAAUUAUGGAUAGCCCUUGGGUAAAACUUUUAGCAUGCCAGAUAAACCAUGUAAGUAUAACAGAACUUUCACAAGUAUAACAGAACUUUCACUGAUAAACCGUUAAUGCGGAAAUCAAAUUCGGUUCAAUAGCAAAACGUUCAAUGACAAAAUCGUCAAUGCAAAAUCAGAUUCAGUUCAAUAACAAAAUGUUUCCUGACAAACCGUUAAUGCAAAGUCCCGUUCAGUUCAAUAACAGUGUUUCAUGACAAACCGUUCAUGCAGAAUAAAUCUCAUCAGUAGUCUCAUCUAUAAGUCAUGGCCAGUGUUAUAACAACCCACUGGCAGGCGACAGAAAUUUGCCAAUGUAUUUGUCCAGUGGCAGGCGUCAAAAUAAACCGGUCAUAUCAGUAAACAUGUCGACAUGUG